AUGCUCCGAGUCCACGCUCGAGUUUCCCCACCAUUCAGGCCCGUUCCACGUCCAGAACAGGCCAAACAGGAGAUAUAUCGUCAGACUCGUAAUGGCCGUACCGGCAUCAAGCGCGGAGGAGACAACGUAUACAAAGUCCUUGUGGAGUGUGGGCCAGCGCUUUGCGACGUAGCUGUUGGCGAAGACGGCGACGGCGGCGCCGGAGAGAAUGAUGUUGGUCGGGCUGGGGGUGAGCAGGUGCGCGAGCGGAGAGCGGAGCGCGGAGCGAGCGAGCCGAGGUCGUGGCCGACGACAAGGUGGAGAGAAGGAGAGACUUACUAUUGCGGAAUGAGCGUGGCGCCCGAACAAAUGAUAGGAAACACGACCUGUCCAUUAGCUCUACCUUCCCCUCUUCUACCUCUAACCCCAGAUGAGGCUCACCUUGUGCAACUUAUACCCCGGCCACCGCCUAUGCGCCCACCACAACACCACAGGCACGAGCGCACCGAGCGGAAAACCGAGAUACAGCACGCGAUACUUGCCCGCGAAGAAACGCGCGGGGCCGACUGCGCCCCAGAUGAUGCUCGCGCUGUAGAAGAUUUGCGGCCGGCGGCCCGUCCAUUGCCCCGUUGGGUCUACCUCUGUGCCGUCGAGGUAGGAACGUUUGGAGCUCAGGACGGAUUGGAGGGUUACGUCUGGCCUCUCGCACGCUCGUCCACGGCUCGUCCGCUCACGAUACGUACAGUUUGUCAACGCGCCCAAAACCGUGCCCAGGAUCUGCGCCGCGAACAUCUCCCUCGGCGGGAUGGACGUGUACCAUCCCAGCUUGAGGUCCGAGACGAGCUGGAGCGACUGGAACAUGGCCAUGUCUUUGGUGAGCUACCGGAACGCCUCGCAGCUCUCACAUCCGAAACACUUGAAGGUCACGCUGGGCGUCAGUUACGGCCAACAGCAGGUACAACUCACUUUCCGAUCGGCUUGCCGGGCAUGAGGAAACCGGCGACGCUGCGGGUUAGUGGUGUUGAGAGGGCGGCUCACAAUUCCGUGAUCACGUUCUGGGGUCAGCUAGACCGACACGUCCUAGCUUACCAGGCCGAUGGUCGUGUUGCUCACGGCGGCGACGAUGCCGAUUCUGCUGUUAGGUUCAAGGUAGUCGAUUAUCACACCUACGGGAUGAGGAAGACCUGGGUGUCAGUUCGAUGA